GUCAUCACAUAGCAUCAUAUACAGGAAGCGGCUACUGUCUAGUUGUGUUUAGGGCAAGCUCGACCAGUGAAUCGGUACUUUUCAGCAGCCAUGUCCGGGGAGAUGACUAUAUUAGGAUCUGCUGUAUUAGCUAUUCUGUUAGCCGGAUAUUUGGCACAGCAGUAUUUGCCCAUGCCCACUCCAAAGGUUCUUGGUAUAGAUCUUGGAACAACAUACUGUUCUGUUGGCGUGUUCCAUCCUGGCACCGGCGAUGUUAAAGUCAUCACCGAUGAUAGUGGUCACCAAAGCAUUCCAAGCAUUGCGUCUUUUACUGAACAGGACAUUCUUGUGGGAUAUGAUGGACUUGAACUUGCUGAUUCCAAUCCUGAAAACACAAUUUAUGAUAGCAAAAGAUUUAUAGGAAAAAUCUUUACAGAGGAGGAAUUAAAAAAAGAAACCAACAGGUAUCCAUUCAAGGUGCUAAGUAAAAAUGGUGAAGUGCUAUUUUCUGUCUCAACAAAUGAGACCUUUACUGUAACUCCAGAAUACAUUGGAUCUCAGCUUAUCCUGAAACUAAAGAAGAUGGCAGAAGAGUACCUUGGGAUUCCAGUUUCUAAAGCGGUUAUUUCUGUUCCAGCAGAGUUUGAUGAAAGACAACGUAAUUAUACCAUUAAAGCUGCUAACCUUGCUGGCUUAGAUAUCUUGCGUGUGAUCAAUGAACCGACUGCAGCAGCAAUGGCUUACGGACUCCACAAGGCUGAUGUCUUUAACGUCAUGGUGGUGGAUCUAGGAGGAGGGACGCUGGAUGUCUCCUUGUUGAAUAAACAAGGAGGAAUGUUUCUGACACGGGCUAUGGCAGGAAAUAAUAAGCUUGGAGGUCAGGAUUUUAACCAGAGACUUCUGCAGUAUUUAUAUGAUUCUAUUUAUGCAACAUAUGGGACGCUGCCUUCCAAGAAAGAAGAAAUUCACAGACUCAGGCAGUCUGUGGAAGCAGUAAAACUAAAUCUAACAUUACAUAACACAUCCUGGGUACAAUUGCCUUUAUCUUUAGUCAAAAAAACAGCAUCUGACUCUUCUGCAUCAAACAAAUUAAUUCCAAAAGGUCUGCUGGAAAAAACUGAGGCGCAUCCUGCCCAAGUAACUCCUUUAAACCCAAUACAAAAACAAAAGGAUGAAAGUGAACUGGUACAUUUCGAGAUUGAAAUUUCUCGUAAGCUCUUUGAGACUUUGAACGAGGAUCUUUUUCAGAAGAUUUUGGUUCCUUUGGAGCGUGUUUUGAGAGAAGGACAUGUUGACAAAGAAGACGUGGAUGAAAUUGUGUUAGUUGGUGGCUCUACCAGAAUACCACGGAUACGUCAAGUUAUCAGAGACUUUUUUGGGAAAGAUCCCAACACGUCAGUAGAUCCGGAUCUUGCAGUAGUAACUGGAGUGGCAAUUCAAGCAGGAAUCAUGGGUGGUUCAUGGCCUCUCCAAGUUAGUGCUAUAGAAAUUCCUAAUAGACAUUUACGGAAAACAAACUUCAACUGAACUGUUAUUUGGCGCAGUCUUUGUUAUUCCAAUUAUGUAUUCAAAGAGCUAAAAAAAAAAAGUUUUGUCUUUUUUUUUUUUUAUGGAUUUUAAAUCUAUAUUUUUGUUUAAAAGAAUUUAAAGAAAAGAAAAAAUAACUUGAGGUACAACAAUUCUUAGAUGUGUAGAUGGAUAAUGCACACUCCUACUAAUGUAGCAAAGUAUCGGCCAAUGUUCAUUUUGUCACACAUUUGAUGCAAGUACUUUCUUUGCCCAGGUAACUCCUGUUACACAGAGUAUUGCCUUUAUCGACUGCCUUCUUUUAUGUUCCACUGCUUUCUUUUCUUUCUAUUUUUUUUUUUUUUUACAAUCUCCAAAUUAUCCUGCAAGUUCAUUCAUAUUCAUUGACCAUAUGCUUAGUGUUAUGAAUCUGAUAUUUGUGUGCCCUAUGACAAAACAUCACUUAUAUCUUCAAUGUGGUUGUUCCAAGGAAAUCUCAAGCUCUGCAGAACAAUAAUUUAUUAGGUGACAUUUCAUGGUAUCCGUAACUGUAGGUUAGUAAAUAUGUAGAGUGGUAUUUCUUUAGAGCGUUGGGGUGCCCACACAUUAAUGAAGCGGCAUUAUAACUGAACGAAAUACAAGUAGGUAUAUGCUUGAUAUCUGACCUCUUUCCACUUUGAGGUCUUCAAUUCACAGCCUUGCAAAUAAUGUAGAUACAAGAACAGAAACCAGUAUAGAUUAUUAAGCUAUCCCUUACUCCAGUAGCAAGGAAUUUUUCUCAGGAAACCUAGUGAAGCCCUAGAAUAUCUUUCUGGAUAUUUUGUAGAAUAAGAGAAAUGUUUUGAGUGCAGUAAAAUAAUGGCCAAGUACAUCAUCCAUGCAAUGACAGUAGUGGACAGGUAGCUACCGGUACCCAAGUAUGCUCACUCAUGCUUUUGCACUUAGCGUAAUGCUCUUAGGGGCCAGAAAUGCCACUCAUGACACCACCAAACAUCAAUGGUCGCCUCAUGCAGCGGAGAACUCUUGGUUAACUUGCACUCUUCUUUUUAUUUUAAAUAAAAACGUCACUAGCUGUAUUGCAUAUACAUAAGAUAGAUGUAUAUAAAUCUAUUAAGAGAGUGCCAAAUUGGUCUGGCUAAACAGUAUAAGACAAAACAUGAGUUUAAACUUAAAGUGAAGGUCAAUUUUCAUCAAUGAGUGCCCGGUUUUUAAAAAUAUUUUUAAAAACAGGGGCACUUUCAUUGAUGAAAAUUUACAUUGCACUGGAUUUGAAGAAAUACUUACCUUUUACUUCUGCAAAACCGGAUCGCCGAUCUCAGCCUCAGUUGCUCUGUACUGAUGUCAGAAAUGACAAAACCGACUUCCUCCAAUCAUGACUUGCAAACCAGAGCAUCCAGCUCGCGAUGCCCGGCUGUGAUUGGAGGAAGCCAGUUUCGUCAUUGCUGUCGUCUACAGCAGGAAGAAGGAGGAGGGGGAUAGUCGAUCUGGCUUUGCAGAAGUAAAAGGUAAGUAUUUCUUCAAAUCCAGUGCAAUGUUAAUUUUCAUCCCCUGUUUUUAAAAGUAUUUUUAAAAACCGGGCACUCAUUGAUGAAAAUUGACCUUCACUUUUACUUGCUGUUCUGUGUAGUAUUAGAAAAAUAUAUAUCGCAAAAAUGUAUUUAAUUGUACAUUAGACUUUAUCUAAAAACAACUUCAUUUAAAAAAAACAAUGUAGCAUAACAAAAAAAACAUUCACAAAUCACAAUGCCAAAUCGAUCCAAUAAAUAAAAUUCAUCCAAUUUCUUUUAAAUCAAGUUGUUUUUAGAUAAAGUCUUUCUAAUGCACAAUUAAAUACAUUGUUGUAACAUAUAUUUUUCUGAUACUACACAGAACAGCGAGUUUCUUUAAUCUAAUUGUUUGUCUUAUACUGUUUAGCCAGACAGAUUUGGCGCGCUCUAAAUAGAUUUAUAUACAGUUUUAACUUCUUAGAUUUUGUCUCUGGGAUCUGCAUAUUUAGAGUGCUUCAGUUAGCAAAUCUUUUUUUCUAUUUCUUUCAAAUUUUUCACAAUUUCCAUUCUUGUCUUAACCUAAUUAGUAAUUCCCCUUUAAUUGUCAUGCCAGUCAUUUUACCUGGGUGUGAAAUGUUACAAAUGGGGAAAUGGAUUUAGCUGUUGCCUACCUUAUGCGCGUAGUCUGUUAAAAAUUGCAUUAUUUAGUCCAUAAAUCAUUUAUAUCCUUUAUUGCUUUAUUUGCAAACUGUUUCUCCUAAAAUGGUAGAUUUUAUCACACCAUUAAUUUGUCCAGCAAAGCAUCUGGACAGCUUUACUUUUUUUGGUUUAUCUUAAAGGGAAAGUUGACACCUUACUCAUCUUAAAGUCUUACCUUUGCUUCAGCUGCAAAUAGCCUCCAGCACCUUUUCUAUAUCAUGCAGCAGGAAUGGUAAAAAAGUUAUUUAAAAAUUAAUAUUGGUUCUGAACACUUUAAAAUGGCUGCUAAACUCUGCCCACUGAUGACACCAUGAUCUGGGCUGCAUGUUGGCACUCUGCUGAAUAGCAUUGACAGCCUGUUGAAUUCAACUAGUGAACCUUUUGUGAUUGGACACCAUAUGCAGCCUAGAUUGUGAUGUCAUCAGUGGGCGGAACGUGGCAGCCAUUUCAAAGUGGCCAGAAACAAUAUUCAUUUUAAAAUAACUUUUACCAUCCCUGUUGCAUGAUAUUGAAAAGAUGGAGGAUGGUAUUUGCAGCUUAAUCUAAGGUAAGACUUUAAGAUGACUAAAGUGUAGACUGUAGGCCUAAAUUUACGCAAAUGUCUGUUUUCCUUUUAAGAUUUUACUGUUGUUAUUCACCAAAUAAAUCUACUGUCCUAUUUUAGAGAAAAUGGUAAAUGAAGCAGACUCUCUUGCACAGAAAUUAGGAAGCCAGUGUAAGAUUGUAAAAGAAAACACUAUCUUCUAUUCAGAUAUCUAUGGAUAAUAGAAAUCCUUCAUAAUAAGGGACAAUGUACGUUAUUUUUUUAUUAAUAAAAAAAUAAUGCUCAAGUCUUUACUAUUUGAUAAUACAGAAAGUAAUUAUAAAUAUCAUGGUGCUUUAACUGUUUUGAAAAUGGACUACUGAUCUAGGUCAUUUAUAAAUAUUUUUGCAAGGCAUUUCAUUUGUGAGAAAAAUUUGUGACCGUGACCUUUUAAAUUCCAGUAAAUGUGCAGUUCUGAAAAUGCAGUGUUGGUGUAAGGCUUUAAAAGGCCUACAUAUUUUUCACGUCCAUAUAUGGGUAGGUUCUACAGCAGUAUUAAUGUUGUACAAGGUUAAUAUUCUGUCUACACGUUAUAAAACUUACUCACAUUGAGUAUGAACUUUAUUAUAUGUAUUGUUGGUUUUUCAUCUGGAAUGCAUUGUCAAUACAAAUGGAAAAAGUACAAAUGUAAAAGUGCUUUUGAAUUGAAUAAUUUAAGUAAAAUGCUUUACCAAAAA